AUGUCGCGCGUAUUAAAGGCUGGAAUUCUCGGAGCCACUGGCACAGUCGGUCAACGAUUCAUUCUUCUCCUCUCCGAGCACCCUGGUUUCUCGAUCCAUGCCCUCGGUGCCUCCCCUCGCUCAGCUGGCAAGACCUACAUCAAGGCCACAAAGUGGAAGAUGUCUCAGCCCAUCCCUGCCGACGUCCGCCAGAUGAUCGUCGCCACAUGCGAACCCGAGGGUUUCUUCAAGGAGUGCGAUGUCGUCUUUUCUGGACUUGAUGCUGAUGUUGCCGGAGAGAUUGAGAUGGCUUUCCUCAAGGCCGACUUGGCCCUGUUCUCCAACGCCAAGAACUACCGCACACACGAGGAGGUGCCUUUGAUUGUCCCCAUGGCCAACCCCUCCCACUUUGACCUCCUCACCCACCAACGCUCCAUUCACAACCUCUCCAAAGGAUUUCUCGUCACCAACGCCAACUGCUCGACCUCUGGCUUGGUCGUGCCAUUGAAGGCCCUUCAGGAUGCAUUCGGACCCCUGAGCAAGAUCAUGGUCACCACCAUGCAGGCUGUCUCUGGUGCCGGAUACCCCGGUGUCUCCUCUCUCGACAUUAUGGACAACGUCGUCCCAUUCAUCGGAGGCGAAGAGUCCAAGAUGGAGUGGGAGACGCUCAAGAUCUUGGGAGGCAUGAACCAAGAGUUGACUGGAUUCGAGCUGUUGAAGGGUACCAAGGUCUCGGCCACCUGCAACCGUGUCCCCGUCAUCGACGGUCACACCGAGUGUGUCUCGAUCGAGUUUGAGAGACGCCCUGCCCCCUCGGUCGAGGAGGUCAUCAAGGUCCUUGAGAACUACCGCACCGAGGCUCAGGAGCUGGGCUGCCACUCUGCACCAGAGCAGGCCAUCAUUGUCAGCAGGGAGGAGGAUCGGCCACAGCCCCGCCUCGACCGUGAGAACGGCCGUGGUUACAGUGUCACUGUCGGCCGUGUCCGCGAGUGCCAGGUCUUUGACACCAAGUUUACCCUCUUGGUCCACAACACCAUCUUAGGUGCCGCUGGAUCCGGUGUCCUCCUUGCCGAGUUGGCCCAGAAGAAGGGCCUCAUUGUUUAA